AUGUAUAUGAAAUUUUCAUCCUUCAAGCUAUUGCUCAUCGGUGGAGAGGUUGUUGAAGAAGAAGGCGAGUGGGAGAAGGAACAUUGGAAAUUGGAACGUCUUUCUAGUCAAUUACGAACAACGGAUACGAUUCUGAUGUCUGGUAUCGAAGCGAAAUUAACGUCGGUGAAGGUGGACGGCGGUGGCGAUGUGGAGUUUGUGAAAUGCGAGUGCUGCGGGCUGACGGAGGAAUGUACGCCGACGUAUAUUGCGACGGUGAGAGAAAGCAAUCAGGGGCGGUGGAUUUGUGGACUUUGUACGGAGGCUGUGAAGGAGGAGAUGGAGAGAUCUUGUUCGGAGUCAGAGGAAGAAGCGUUGGAUCGACAUAUGAGAUUCUGUAAGAACUUCCGGUCGUCGGUGAGUUCGCCGCCGUCAAAUCCAACGGAAGAACUCAUCUCCGCCGUGAAACAGCUUCUUUUCAGAAGUUUGGAUUCUCCAAGAGCCGGCGAGAUCCACCACCACCGUUGAACCGGAAAAUUCAAACUGCUACCGGUUUAUCUUCAUCAUCUUCAUUUGUUCGAUUAAACAACUUUCGUUUUAGCUUUUAGAUGAUUGAUCGAUUAUCAAUUAUUAGGUAUAAGCAAUUAGGAGGAUCAAGCUUCAAAAUUCCAUAGUUUUUGAAGUUAGAGUUAUGAAACCUAAUUUAAGCUUUGAUAUCCUGAAAAUUUCCAUGGAUAUUAAGUAUUAAAUGAGGAAUAAAUUUCUUGUUUAUUGAUCACGUAACCAUUUCCUUUUGCAUAAAAUCAUAAUUUACUCAUAUUUUUAGUAAUCGUUGAUUCGUUGGACG